GCCCCGCUAUUGGCUCGCGUUCAUAUCCCCCCUCUAACGGUUUCGAGGAAAAAGUUUUGCCGUACACGCUCUUAUCAAACAUACUGUAUCUCUGGUUUUGGCUAUUCAAUCUACAGUAUUGCGCAUAUUGACAAGCACAGCCCUUUCCGUAAUGUUUCUUUCUACAGUGCCUGUGGUGCAUAUGCGGUGCUAUCAAAGACAUUAUUAGGCUGUCCAUAAAUUCCUGUUUUUUCAUCAUUGUAUUGUCCUUAUGUAAAUUAUACGGAAUAUUACUGUUGAUUCCUUGAUCGAAAUAAAUAAUAAUAAUUCAAUAUCGUCUUUGUUUCGGGUUCGAUUUGCCGGUGAGCAAGCCGACAGUGCACCGGUUUCGCUCAGUGAAAGACACGGUGAGCGGAAGGAGUAGGAUUUAAUAAGUGACGAGAAGUAAAUUCACAUUUAUUUUGCAGACUGGCGCUAAUCGACUUUAACGCCAAUCGUGAAACGAAAAACAACGAUUUUACAAUAAAAGAUUCGGCAGCGAUCUCACGAUGAUUCUCCUGACACGCAACACGGAGAUUUUUUUUGCGCUUGAGGCUGAGUCAACCUUUCGCGACGGAAAUCUUGACGAGCGUUAGGUGGACGCUCUUCGCGCGGAAAUUUUGCUCGCGAAGCGAAGGAAAUCUUCCGCGACCCUGGCGUUCGCGAGAACCGUUGUGAUCGCGUACUCGCUGCUGCCAAACGCAUGCACAUAAUACAGUAUAAAUUACAAAAAAUGCAGAAAACAAGUUAGAAAGAAACUGCGCACCGUGAUUCUCGGUGAGAUUACGCCGUGCCGAACGCGCCUAAAGCAAACUUUGACGGAUACGAAUGUAUCGGAUGAUCGAGACUUUUGACUACGCUGCAAAGACGAUAUUUCCAGAGCGGCGCGCACACGGAGCGACGUGUCGCGAAUCUCGCCCGAUGAUAGCCGGCCGAGGAAAGAGAGUGAGAAUUCGAAAGAAGUAAGCAAGAAGCUUUAUCUAUGGAGAAGAGAGUGUCGUAAGCGUGGAGUGUCAGGUAGUUUAAAGCUCAGUAGUUUAGAGCAGUCGUCUGGCAAACGAAAGACCUGGGUUUGAGUCUCGGCCUAGCAAAAUCAUGCUCUCGAUAUUUUUCUUUUUCGAAAAAAUACGCAGAUCUUGAACGCACGGCGUCCUGCCGCCACUUAGUACGUCCUCCUCCUUCUAUGGGAAUGUACCGUGCUAUCAAGACGUUUAGUAAAUGCGAGACUCGAGAGCGAAGCGAACUCGGAAUGAGUCUCCGCUCUCACCUUAUGAUAGCCGGCUUGAGAGCAAGAGUAAGAUUUCCGGAUUAUCGAUGCCUCGUUGAAAUAAUCACCGCUGAAGCCGUCGGAGCAGACUGCCGUCGCCGACGAUGAAAUCUGCCUCUAAUGGCUCGCUCGGUUAGCAACAGCUCACUCGCUGGUUGGUCGCGAUCGCGGGUGUCAUCGUCUCGCACACAAAAUUACCUUAUUUGGUAAAGCGUCCGAUGAUUCUUCAUGCAUACUGCCUGCCGAUUCGCGGAAGCGUGUUUUGCCACUUGGUUGCCAUAGCAAUCACGACUCGCGAGUGAAAGCUAUGAGGAAAAAAGAAUGCGCGCUCAGCGCGAGACCGUCGCGACGGCGAAGAUUGCAACCGCCACGCGCGAGCCGCUCGGAGCAAGAAAGUUCUAGAAAGAGAAUCAGAUUGUUCGAGAUCCUUAAUAGAAUUCUGAACAGUUUUCUUCAUACAAUACGCGAUGUAACGCUGCAACUCGCUUUUCUAUUGUUUUCUAAAAUCAACGAAUUUCAUUUGAAAUACAUAUUACAACAUACAUACAUAUAUAACUAACUAUAACACUCACUAACUAAAUAAUACUAACUAACAAAAUAACUAACUAAAGAAUUUUUUUUUAAAUACAUUUCCGGGAAGAAAUGUAUGAUUAUUACAAUCUCAAGCUAUUGUUUAAAUAAGUAAUACUGCUGACAUACGUUAUCUGAACGUGUGUGUUAGUUUAGAUCAUUAUCUAAACGUUUAGAUCAUUAUCUAAACGUCAAUACUAGUAUGUCCGCUGACUGACAUUAUGUUUUUAUAUUGUUAGGUCUUGAGGUUUGUUUCUCUUUAGCCGUUUCAUAUUCCUCUCCGUAUCUAAUAAUCGUAUAGCUCAACAUUAGUAUGUUGAUGCAAUCUCGCCUCAUGUGAUCUUGUAAACUCCCCAAUCACCUCCACAACUGUUUGGAGAUUUAAGUCCGCAUAUAAGUCUUCAGUACUUUAGUAUCAUCCAGCAUCACUAAUCAUGCGUAUGAUCUUAUUUUGGACGCGCUUAAUUAACAAUCGGUUCGAGUUCUUUGUCCAUAAUUGGAUCCCGUAUAGGUUUAAUGACCAUGAGGUAAAUUAUUCUUUUAUGAUAAAGAUCCAGUUGUGAUUUGUACCCAAUUAAUUUGUCGGAUUUUAAGGCGGAUUUGUUCCGCUUUUCUACGUAGGUGAUAUUUCCACGUUAGUCUUGUAUCAAGGUGCACAUCCAAAUACUUUGCAGAGUUUUCUUACGAUAUUGGUUGAUUAUCAAUGUGUACACAGUAUUCCGGAUCCACACGAUGCAGUGCAAAUAUUAUCUAAGUCGAUUUGAGUUUAUUGAGUUUGAUUUUCCAGUAUUAUGUCCACUGUAGGACACUAUCUAGAGCUUUUUGGAGAUUCUUUGUAGCUUUAACUUGCGAUUUGUUGACGGCCAUUAUUGCUGUAUCAUGUGCGAAAAUGCUUAUUAUUAUAUUGCUAUCUGUUGGUACGUCUGCUGUAUAUGUCAAAUACAGAAUAAGCCCUAGGACACUACCUUGUGGAAUUUCUGCCUGCAUAGGAUAGAAGACAGAUUUAGUUUCUUGGUAUAUCACUCUAAAGUUUCGCUUUGUGAGAUAUGAUUCCAGUAGCCUGCAAAUAUUUCCUGGCAGUAGUUUACUCAUCUUUAAAAUGAGCCCCUUAUGCCACUUAUACUUUGUCGAAUGCUUGCGCGAUGUCCAGAAAUACUGCAAUGCCGUAUUUCUUUUCUUCAAAUAAAUUUUUAAUUGUAGAGGUAACUUUAUGUAUUUGAUCAAUGAUUGAGUGUUAACUACGAAAACCAAAUUGGUGAACAGAUAUUGGUAAUAAAGAUUUAAGCUGUUUGUACAGUAAUUUUUCGAACAAUUUUGAUAUCACUGGAAGUAGUAAUAUUGAUCUGUAUGAUUUUACUUCUUCAGUCAGUUUAUCUAGUUUAUUAAUCAUAAUUAUCUGCGCUAGCUUAAAGAAAUCCGGCUUAAAGAAAUCAUGUUUCAGUUGAAGAUAGGCGUUGAAAAUGUACAUGAUGAGCAUAAUUGCCUUUUGUGAUAGUUCUUUAAGCACUCUGGAUGAUAUUUGAUUUAUUCCUGGCACUUUUUUCGAAUUUAUAUUUUUAUCUAUUUCUUGUGCAAUCUUAAAAGUUAUAUAGGGUAGAUGCACCGUUUGUGGCCACUGCUCCUGUUUUGGCCAUGUUCGUCAUUUAUUAUGUUUUUCUAGUAUAAGGUUGGCUGCAGUGCGUGUCAAUCGCGACAUAUGCAUGUUGCAACUAUAUUUCUUGGUUAUAUAAUGCGAUAAGUCACCUCACAUUUCUUUUUCACAUUUUAAAAUAAAUAUUUUGUAUACAGUAUAUCUAAGACAUAGUUUUCUUAUAACAAAGGAUAAGAAUUCUCAAAACGCAGUAAGUAGAAUUUAGUACAUUUUUUAAUAAAAACUUAACGGUAUAUAUUCAUGUGCAUGAAAAAUGAAACGUAUACAGUUGUUUUUUUUUUUAUGAAUUCUGAUAAUGAUAUCUUAUAAAAUUAACUUGCUUUUUAAAAGUAAACAAGCUGUCCAGAAAUGUAGCAUGUUUUUUUUGUAUUUUCUAUUUGUGGCUAUAGGAUGGCCAGAAUUGGGGUUAUACCUGAACUAAUUGUGGCCACUUAAUAUAAAAAGAAAAUUAAUCUUAAAAAUACUGACUAAUCUUUGAAAAAUUAUGCAACUUAUGAAAUUGUUUUAAAUAUUGCAUAUUAUUUUAUUAUUAUAUUUUUAGAUUAAAAUGCCAAAAAGAAAUUCGGAUAAAUCUGUUAAAGGAAAACAGAAGUUGUCUACAACAUCCAAGAAAAAUCAACAGCAGAAGAGAAAAUUAUUUUUGUAUUCACCAACGAAAAUACGACAAGCUUUAGUUGUUAUUCAGAAUGGUACACCAGUCUCGACAGUAAGUAAAAUUUAUCAAGUACCAAGAACAACUUUGCGACACAAAAUUCGAGGUGAAGCACCAGUAACCACUGGACGUGUAGGUCGUGAAUCAAUAUUAGGUUCUCAUCUCAAUAGAAGCUAUUUUAGUAGAUUGGUUGUUGGAAACAUGUCGAAUGGGAUUCCCUAUCAUAAAAGAUGUUUUGUUGAAUUCAGUCAAAAAAUUCAUUGAAACUGAACAUUUAAAAACUCCAUUUACAAAUAACACGCCAGGACGUAAAUGGUUUGAAAAUUUUAUAAAACGACACCCUAUCUUAUCUAUGAAGAAAGCUGAAUACUUAGGUAAGACGAGAGCAGUUGUAACUAAACAAUAUAUUCGCACUUGCUUUUCUGAAAUACAAAGUUUACUAAAAGAUAAUUUAGAAGUUCUUGAAGAACCGCAAAAAGUAUUCAACAUGAAUGAGACAGCAAUAUGUUUAGCUCCUAAAGGAGGAUUAGUUAUUGCAGAGAAGGGCAAACCAACAUAUGAUGUUUUUACUAGCAGUGAUAAAGAAAAUAUUACUACGCUCUUUACUGUGAAUGCUGCAGGAGAAAUUGCACCAUCUCUAACAGUUUUUAAGUAUGAACGCUUACCUCAAGCUUGUUUGUUAUAAAUUAUUAUAUCAGAAUAAGUGUUAAGUGUUUUUUGUUUAAUUAACAUUGAAAUAUGUGAAAGUUUACAUUUUGUUAUUUACUAACCUUUUUAUUUUGAACAAAAGUUUGUUAUAAUGGUAAAUUUUCUACAUGGCCAAAAAUAGCACUCUACAUGGCUAUAAUAGGUACACAUGUGGCCAAAAAUGGUGUAAUACGGAAUUUUUGCAAUUAUUUAACUUUUUCAUUAUUUAUUUGCUUAUUUUCCUAAAAUUUAUUUAAAUAUUAGAAAUUAAGAUAUUAAAUAAUAUAUUUAAGUGAAUAGUUUCUUCUUUUUAUACAUUGUUAAAAAGAAAAUCAUUUCAAAAGUUACAAAAAUGGUUAAGGUGGUCAUAAACGGUACGUUCACCCUAUUUGAGUAAUAAGUCUUUUUUGUAUACUUUAAUCGUUUUAAUGUUGGACUGUAUGUCCUUGACUUAAAAAACUUUGUGCAAGUGUCGAGCAAAGUUCGGCUUUUCUUGACGAUGUAUCCACCUUUCCAUCUCAUUCUUGAGUGGUGGUAUUCUGGUAAUUAGAUAUUUUAGUUUCCGAGUUGCCUUCGACAAGGAAUAAUUUGUAUCUGCAUCUGCAGAAAGACUUUAUAAAUAGCUUUCGAAACUU